AUGCAAAAAAAACUUGAGGCAGUAGAGGACGAUUUGCAAGUUUUGGAAAGUGAAGUCGAAGAAGCUCAGAGCGCUCAUCUGGAAAAACAGCACAAAUGGAUUAGUGAUGAGAAAAGACAUUUUGGAAGGGCUCUCUCUGCAUACGAUUUUUCCAAUUAUAGUAUGGAAAUAGGGAUGAAGGCACUUGCUGAAAAGAAAAAAAGGAAAGAAUUUUUAGAGAAUACGAUCAAUGCGAAAGCGAUGCAUAUGCUUGGGACCGCUGAGGAGCAAUGUCGGCAGGUCGAGCUGAAGAAACAGCAACUCAAGAAAGACAAGGAGAAGCUGAUGGGAGUCAUAGCAAAGUUAGAUGAGAAAAAGAAGAAUGAAAUUUUAAAGGCUCAUGAAAAGGUUAACAAAGACUUUGGGAAUAUUUUUUCGACAUUGCUUCCUGGGACAAGUGCUAAGUUGGAGCCGCCAUUCGGAGCUAAAUCGGCUUUGGAGGGCUUGGAGGUCAAAGUUGCAUUUCGAGGGAAGUGGAAGGAAUCACUUGGAGAGCUUUCUGGAGGGCAGCGGUCGCUGGUGGCUUUAUCUUUAGUUCUGGCUAUGUUAAAAUUCAAGCCCGCUCCGUUAUACAUCCUAGACGAAGUCGAUGCAGCCCUUGAUCUCUCUCACACUCAAAAUAUUGGGGCAAUGAUAAAAGCCCAUUUCAAAGAGUCACAGUUUGUGAUAGUAUCGUUGAAAGAUGGUAUGUUCAACCACGCAAAUGUCCUUUUCAAAACUCGAUUUGCUGAUGGUACUUCGACGGUGACUAGAACUGAAAAUCGCAGUAACUGGAGCGGUGAAGGUGGUGCUGAUGAGAUUGUUGGUGGUGAGGGCGAGCCUGAGAAGAAGAGACGGAGGAAAAGCUAA